AUGAAGUGGAAGCUGUCCGAUUCACCCGAUCUCGCCCGAAAGAACGCAAAGCCCAGCUCCCUCGACAGUCUCACCGGUCAUUGGAAGCUGGAGAAGGGGGGCGCGAUGGGCGCUUCUCGAGGUGCCAUGUCGCCUCCGGUCGUACAGCCCAUGUCGCCGGCCAACCAGAUGAUGAUGGUCAGCGGACCCAGCUCGCCCAUCGCCUCGUCGUCGACUUCUUCGUGUUCGCCCCUCUCGCCCACUCCUGUCUGCUCCACGCCCCUGCCCGGAGUGCCCAUCAUGAUGGGCGCUUUCCCGCCCCACUCGCCUUCGCUCUCGCCCUCGCCUGCCCAGCAGCUCAUGAGCCUCCAGCCGCCCGCGCCCUCGCCCGCGACGGCUCCCUUCGCCACUCGCCCCGGCCGCUCCUUCUCCGAGCCGCCGCCCAUGACCCAGCAGAUCUACUUCCCUCCGCUUCAGCAGCAGCAACAGCAACAAUUGGCUCAGCUGCAACAAAUCAUCACACAUCAACAACAGCAACAGCAACAGCAACAGCAACUACAACAACAGCUGCACCCCAUCCAGCCCAUGCAACCUCAAUAUCAACAUCAACAGCUGCACCCCAACCAGCCUCAGCACUACCGUGGCGGGCACCCGCCGGCUAUGCUGCGCUACCGGUCAAAUUCGAUCUCGUCGGACAUGUGCGGGUCGUACCCGUCGCCCACGCCGGCGCCGUCGCCGUCUACGUCGCCUUCCAAUAGCGGCUCGUGGCAGCCGUCCGUCAGCCUCAACUUCCCGUUCCGGCCCUUUACCCUCCCGCCCCUCCAGAACAUCGAGAAGGAGCUCCACCAACAACCGCAGUCAUCGCCGCCGUCGCCGUCGUCGCCGUCAUCGUCGUCGUGCACGUCGUCAUCGGCCCAACAGCGAGAAAUGGCGAGUAGCGGCCCCGAGGGAGCCGAGGGGCUGAUCAACAGCAACCACGAGAAGCUGCUGUACAACAACCCGCUGUCGGACCGGGAGGAGCCCCUGUUCCACCUGUUCAGCAGACCGACAGCACCCGCGGACGAGUCCAGCACCAACGGCUACCCGCCGGCUGAGAUCCAACUCGAGCCCGCCCCUGCCCUCUGCUGA